GAAGGAAGUUGCCUCCACUGUGCUAGAUGGGAGCGCUUCAGUGGCAUGUGCUUGAUUUUGAGAAAAUCAGAACUCUUCAGAUUAGCACUAGGAGUACUCACCAUGUUUAUUUUAUGUUUACCUGAGUUCUUCAAAGUCCAUGAAGCUAACACUGUAGUUGUGUCAUGCAUGGAUACCUGUUCAUUAAAUAACACCAGCUUUCCACUUUGUACUUUUAAUACUUCUUGCAAAAGAUCGCUGCAACAAAAAAGAGAAAAUCAGGUUGUCUUACUGAAGACAGUUGUAAAUCACUCAGUUUUUGAGAAUAUUCCAUGUAUUUGCCUGUCCUCUAGUAGGGAACAACAGUCAAAUACUAAGUACUCAGAGACUGAAUCCAGCAGAGAUGUGAAUGUUGAUCAUCAAGAAUCAAGAUUAAUAGAUAAAAAAGUUCCUAAAGCAAAAGACUCAUCUGAAGUGAACACAGAAGAUGCUACAUCUUUUAAUAAGUAUUUUAAUUUCACCAUGCUUCAUGCAAAUGAAGAAGUAGAGCUUAGCACCUACUACAUUCUGGAAAUCCACAUCAACAACUCCAUAGUCAGAGGAAGAAAUGCAGCUGAAGAAUAUCUAAAUCACUCUUGUCUCAUGGCUUUGAUCGAUGACCAAAACAACUGUAUGAAUAUUUCACUACAACUGAAGUCUUAUGUGGAAUAUCCAAUGUGUUUGACAAAGAUCAUCUGGCUCAGUAUGAUUCCAGUUGUUAUUGUCUUGACUGUUUCAGUCGUCAUCUACAAAAUAGUCCAGGAAAAUGGCCAAAACUAUUGUAAGCACAGAGGAGCAGUGACAGUUUCUUCUGUUCGAGGGAAAAGUGGUUCCAGACAGGCAAUAAGAACCGUUUCUGCUACUAAAGUUCACCUAUUUCCUGCAGUGAAGAACAACAAAGAACUGGUUCCACUUACUGCACAGGCCAUGAAGAUACUGCCCAUAAUUCCUGAACAAGAGCACUGUCAUCUGAGUACAUCAUCUACUGAAGGCUGUACCAUAUGAAAUACAAUUUCUAUUGCAUGAAAGAGAGAAGCAAUACACCACAGAAGACAGCGUCUCCAUUUCCAGUUUGGGAACUCUGUUAUCCAUCUUUUUAGGGGAAUGCUAGAUGUGCAGUUUAGUCGAGAAGCUUCAUUUUAUGUAACAGAGCUACUUGGUGUUAAGAAAAUAUGAAUGAUGGAUUAACAUGCUUCGCUUUAGAAUCAACUUCAGCAGUAAAUUAUGGAUUCCCAUCUAUUUUCUGCUCAUUCAAGAUUUAUGCUUAAUCAUAAUGUUCUGAGAUAAUCCAGCCAACCGUUUAUUUUUCUAACUGGGAGGAAAUUUAUAUUCUCCAUAGAAUAAAAUACCAAUAAAAGAUAGAAAUCAACCUAUGCUUUCAUGAAAUGAGCAGAGUUUUCAGCUUUUUAAAUACUUGAGGUGGCUGAGAUGCAUAAGAAAGAUAAUGUCUGGCUGUUGAGGGAGAUGGCCAAUGGAAUACAGAAGGAGAGUUCUGCAGUGCAUUUUAAUCUGUGGCAAACUAGGAAGACAUUCAUAAAUUCUGCAGCAUCUCAGGGGAUAAAGAAGAAAAACGUGGAAAAUUUGUACAUUUGGCCGAAAUCCGCUAAAUCAUUAUUAUUGUUUUAUUUUAUCAGCCAUUAAGAUGCCAAAUUGGUUUUGUACUUUUUGAAAAACUGCAUUUCUAUUUUUUGGAUUAGCUGAGGUCAUUAGUAUUCAAACUCAUUAUCUCCUGGAACUUUUCCUUACUUUCCAUUUAUUACUGCUCCUCUGAGCAUAAUGGAGCUGCUUGGGCUGAGCAGGGUCCCAAACUCAUUCGGCUCUAACGCAUUAUUUGUGCGUAUAAUCUAACCAUAAAUUACCAGGCAGAGACAGAAAUUGCAGAGCUAUGGCUUCAGACUCCCUCGUGCUAAAUCCAUCAGGAUGAACAGAUUGUAAACUGCCCAUUGCAAAUAUGAUAUGCAGCAAUUUAGCGUCACGUUAAUACUUCAUAAGCUCCAGCCCUUACAUUUAUAUAGCUUUUCCCUCCCGAAGCUUUCUGAAAUUGCUUCUCCAGCCAUUACACUGCAUGAUGCAGUUCAGAUUUAAUAGGAAUAGUUGCAAACACUGGCUUCAGAAUAAUAUUCAUAAUUUGAGCCCAUACGGGUUUUUUUAAGUUUAGUUGUACAGAGCUAGCAUUUGUUCCUAUUGUUUGUUACCACCUAGUUAAAAAGAAAGUCAAAGAAAAAUACUGAUUUCUUGAUUUAGGGGCUUUUGAUGCUUCAUUGUUUAUCUGUGGUAAUAACUUAAAGCUUUUCAGAAAUGGAUUUUUUAAUGAAGUCUAUAAAAAUAAACCUCCCCCCCCCCUUUCUGUGGAACUGCUACUUACAGAUGGAAGGGAAACACCUAUCUAAAGUCACUGUAGGAUUGCUAAGGCCAUUUGAGUCAGCUUUUAAAUGCUUCAGAUGAUGGCACUAUCUAUCACUCUUCCCCUUCAGUAAUCCUGGGAUUUUGGUGGUAGACAGCCCUGCUCCUUCUGACCCCAAUUUAAUUUUCUUUCUCCUGUAAUUUAUUUCUUCUCUCUUUCUUUUCCCCUUUGCCUGUAGCCUCCCCCUUUAUUUCUCUCCUUGGAGGGACAAAUUGUGACUUUAUUACCCACAGUUAUUCUAAGUGUUUGACUGCCUUGAAAGUUUGCAUCUCCCAAGUUACCACCGUGAAACACCAAGAACAAGGAAAACCUUUUAAUCUCUCUCUUGAGUAGAGCUUACCUUGUUUUGCAGGUAGUAACCAAACUGUAGGAAAACAGAGUCAGUCUCUCACAGGACACAUACCCCAGCCCCAACCAGGUUGAGCUCACCCAAGCUUACUGAUACUUCACUUCCAAACCAGAUACAAUCAUGUAGGUGUGGUCUGAUGAGUGCCAAGGUAGAUGAUCAGCGCACUUGAGCUACUGGCUGUGCUCUUUCUCAUACAGCUGUGUAGGCUGUUUGCCAUGCCAACUUGCUCUCCACCAGGGCAUCUUGAUCCCUGUGAGAGAGCUGCUUCCCAGUUGGUCUGUCUGCUGGUGUGGUGAGACAGUUCUUCUACGUCAGAAGUGAAGAAGCAUGAUUCAAGGGUGCAUGUAUACAAUUUCCCUUGAUUUCCUCUCCUGGAUGGGAAGUUCAUGCUGUUAAAAGUCUUCUUUUUAUGAGGGUCUUUCUGCUCAUUAUUCUUUUUUACUUAUGCUUUUGAAAAGAAAAAAGCUUUUCUAGGUUUUGAGAGUGUUGUGGGAAUGAAUGUUUUUGCCAUGGAGGCCAUCUCUUAACCCCCUGUCUUCAUCUUGGGUUUUUGGACACUGAAGAUGUGAAGAGAAGAGGGAUGUCCUGGUGCAGCCUCUCAGGCACAAGGUGAGGGAUAGGAAGAAGAACCUCAGAAGCUGGUGGGGGAAGGAGGUGUGGAGGUGGGGUGGAGCUGGAUGAACAAAAAUGACAGAAAGGCAGAGCUGAUGGCAUACAGGAAUGUGUGAAAUAGUCACGAGGUGAGAGGGAGAACUGAUGACGGGACUGCUGGAAAGAUGCUCUGUCACCUUAAAAAUAAGCAUAGUAUAGGCUGCUGAUACAGUGAGAUAAGCCAGGGCAGUAAGAAUAGCAGUUUUACAAGUCUAGUAAAUGGUUUGAGAGUCAUCUAAAGAUGUGUAAAGUUGUUUGAAUUACCUAGCAUUCUGGCUUUCUUUUAAGUGACACUGUCUGACUCCAGAUCUGGCACCUUUUGUUGAAUGCCUUUCAGUUUUGCCCCUGUAGCACAGAAGAGAAAUAGCUCACGUUUGAGUAAUGUCUUCACCCCUGUCCUCUUUGCAGCAGCAGCAAAUUCAGUUCACUAAGAAUUACGAUUAGGCCUUGCUACAGACUUUUUAGACUCCUUUUGCCCAUUAUUGUACUAUUAAAGAAGAAAUAUUCUUUCACUGCUUGGAUAAAAUGUUUGAAAGGCAAAACAAAUAGCUGGUGCUCUUUCUUGAGCCUAUUAGAGCAUCUGUCCAAAAGACAGUAAAGAGAAGCUGUGAAAAGGAGAUCAAAGUGGAUAGGCUAAUAAGUUCUUAGCGGAUCCGUACUCAGAGACUUUUGGGGUACAGAUGAUAAAGGGAGAAUGAGUGCUGCAGGUCUGGCACAAUCAAAUUCUUGAUUGAUCUUGAAAAAGUCUUUUUUCCUUUGAGCAUUACUGCCUUUAAUGUUCUUGCCUUUGCCUUACUUCCUUCAACUCCAUGCAGAUCUUUCAGAAGUGCUGUUAUUCCAGUUCUGCUGGAACUAAUCAGAUGUCAUUUCCUGUUUAUUUUGAACAAUGCUGAAGAAUUCUUUGAGAGACUCUUGUCUCUAAUCCAACCUUGAAAAUUAUCUCUAUUCUCAGACAGUACGCCUUUUUUUGCCUUUGAAGGAUCAUCUUUCCUCUUCCAUCUGUUUAAUACAGGUCAAUUUUUGACAUUUUAUUGUCUUUUUUUUUUGUUGUUGUUGUUUUUAGAUGCAAAACAGCACGCCAUCAGCAAUACAAUCCCAUAAAUAUUGAGCACUGUGAGUGCUGAGGUAGGUGUCUGAGCAUGGAAAAUGUACAGGCUGCACAAUAAAGCUGUCUGUAUUCUCGUAUUUUCAGCAACAAAGGUUGACCUGAAACAGGAAAAAAAUGCAUCAAGUCCAGAGGGCUUUCCAGUCAGACUACAAAUCUCAAAGUAGGUCAGACUGGCUGAGGGUGUCACUUUAAGCCUUGCUCUCAGAUGGUUUUUAAAAGAGCUCAGGAAAGUAGUUUUCCACUCUUUACAUUCUUUUGAGACUAACAGAAAGGACAGGGCUGUCAUUUGAGAUAGAAGCAGAAUGUCUCAAAGAUAAUCCUAUGAGCAGGGUGACCGCUUGCAUGCUAAAAACCACUUCUCUGACUCUGAAAAAAAAAGAAAAAGGGUGAAAAUCUGUAUUUGUCACUCAAAAUAUUGCGGGGUUUCAGAAUCAUUCAAAUUGUUGUGAAUUCUGACCAGCGGGUGACACUGGAAACAUUGAAAAGAUGUCAACUCGUAA